AUGGGGCCUGAUCUUGAUACCCAAUACUACUUUUUAACAUUGUCUUUUUGUUCUGUUCUGGUUGCUGAGAGAGUAUUGUUUUUCUGGAACAAUACUCACUUCGAGAAUUUCGUAAAGCAAAACAGUAAGGUGAUCCUGCCUAUCAUCUUCCCUGCAUUGGAGAAAAAUAUAAAUGGGCACUGGAAUCAAGUCGUGCAAAGCCUCAGUCUGAAUGUCCAAAAGUUAUUCUCUGACCGUGACCUUCGCACCAUCGAUGUCGUCUCCCGCAUCCUCUCCGCCCACCGGGGCGCCGGCCGCCGCUUUCGCUUCCCCGCACAACACCUGCAGUACUACCCCGCCAUUGUGGAUGCUUGGCUCAGAAUCCCCGCCCUCGACAACCUCCAGGAGAUUGAUUGCUGCAUCGACAUAUAUGCACCGGAUGUGUUGCAAGCACCACCUCAGCCGGCGUCUACCUUCCGGUUCUCGUCGUGCCUUUGCGUGGCCACUCUCAGCCAGUGCCACCUCUCUGACGACGUCGCCUAG